CGCCAAAAGAAAUUCCCUUCCCAUUUUCACUUUUUAUUCGCUACCAUUGGCAAAGUUCCGUCAGUCUAGCGUGAGGCUUUGUACUCGUUGAGUUUCUUUGUGGGCUCUGUAUUGUGAAAGCAAAUCCUCGCUUGCAUCCUCUCCACUCCAGUUGUUAUUAAUUAUUUCUUUGGUUCCUAAUCGACCCUUGCAAUGGCCGUGUACAAACUAACUUAUUUCAACGGCCGUGGCCGUGCUGAGUUGCUUCGCUACUGCCUGUCGUUCGCUGGUGUGGAGUUCGAGGACAACCGCUUGGAGAUGCCGGCCUGGCCCGAGCUAAAGAAAACAAUGAUGCCUGACUACUUGCCGGCUCUUGAAGAAGAUGGUGUCAAUCUGCAUGAGGGAUGUUUGGCAGCUCAGUAUAUCGCCUGCAAAUAUGGCUUCGGAGGUGAAACGGACGUGGACAAGCACAUCAUCGGUUCAUAUACGUACUACAUCGACAGACUUCUAACCAGUCUUCUGCCGUCGAGGGAGAUUUAUGCCAAGAACGGGGAUGUGGUUCUUGAAAAGUCGUUUGAGGAACAGGAAUUGCCAGCAGCUCUUGCAAAACUAGAGCAGCUUGCAGCCAAGAACGAGGCAGGAGUUCUUCACGGCAAGUCGAUUACCCAAGCUGACAUUCAUUUCUACUACGUUGCCUCCACCUUGAAGGACAUCAACCCGAAACCACUUGAGAAGACACCGGCUUUAGUAGCUCUCCUGGACAAGGUAGCGUCACACCCAAGGAUCAAGGCGUGGGAUGAUAAACGUCCAAAAACCAAAUUCUAGAGGACUGCCCCAAUUUUGUGACUCAUCAGAGUUUCUGUAUUGAAUGUUUUGAUGCAACUAAUCUGGAGUUGUAAAAUUGUUUCCCGAUUUUGAAAAUGAUGAUUAUGAUGCUACUCUUCACGAAUCCAGGUGCUGCUGUUGUGUUCAUCGCGCAGUGCUUAGGACCUUUUCCAGAUACAAGUCCAUUUCUUAUGCAUGGCAUAAUAGCGUAUUCGCCAACACACGGAGUAGCCAUCGAUUGUUCUGUUCAAGUUCUGUGUAAUCUGAUGUAGAUCCCCUCACCUAGAAAUUUAUAAUUUUCUCUCCGUGCCGCUGGCUCAGUGGUACAUAUCGGUAACUAAACUUUCCCUUGACGGGGUUCGCCUCACUAGAAGAAGAUGCCCUGUGCAGGCUGCCAUGCAUACAUGUACAUGCAUAUUCAUGUUACAGAACCUCAAGAUUCAUUUGUUGUAGCUCUGAGUUUUCAUUCUAUUCAAUCCUUAACCAAAAUGGAAGAUGCUCUUGGUCGUGCAAAUAAUGAGUGCUUCUGCCAGCAGAUUCGAUGUAUAUGUGUAUUUGUUGUUUGGUACCUUGCUCGUCUGCACGCUUACAAAUUUCAAUUGUAUGUUCAAGCCCUGAGCUCUGCUCUAGACUACUGGUAUGUCUAUCUAAUUUUUUGCUUACCCAUUGCUCAUCACUUCUUUUACAGAUUUGGUAUUAUGGAAAGUUUGGAAACCCG